AUGUCCGACCUCAUCAGCCCUGCGGCGACGGCUCAACCCGAUCAGAAUGCCGCAGACAUCAAUACUGCAGACAACGACCCCGCCAUUCUUGUCGCCGAAGAGAUUACGGAUGAUGAAUCUGCGAGAGGCGAUAGUAUUGCUUCUUCUACCACUAGUGUGACUAGCUCUGUCCGAGAGUACAGGGAGGAGAAUGGUCGUACUUACCACAAGUACAAAGACGGCAAAUAUUACAUGCCGAACGAUGAACGAGAGAACGAGCGAUUGGAUAUCCAACACAACAUGUGGUUGCUUACUUUCGACAACCGUCUUGGUACGGCACCUCCGAACGAGCCGGGCGCCAAGGUAGGAAGGGUGCUUGAUCUCGGCACUGGAACCGGCAUUUGGGCUGUCGAAUUCGGCGAAGAACACCCUGAAGCAGACGUCUUGGGGGUGGACCUUUCGGCUAUUCAGCCCGAGUUCACUUUCCCGAAUGUCAGGUUUGAAAUUGACGACAUUGAUGAGCCAUGGACGUAUUCCCAACCAUUCGAUUACAUCCACAGUCGAACUAUGACGUCAAGUGUUGUCGACUGGAAGGAGUACAUUCAGAAAUGCUACGAUAACCUGAACCCAAAUGGCUACCUUGAGCUGAACGAAAUCGACCUCUGGCCAAAGUCUGACGAUGGAACUCUGAAAGACGACUCUGCGCUUUCCAAGUUCGUCCGCUUGUGGGGAGAGGCUGCGGUCAUCUUCGGGCGUCCGUUCCAGGAUGUCAGGGCUCUGAAGGACAUCAUGAUCGAGACAGGGUUCAAAGACGUACAUGCGUCUCAGUUCAAGUGGCCCACAAAUUCAUGGCCCAAAGACCGGAAGCAUAAGGAGCUCGGCUUUUGGAACCACGACAACUUUUCUGCCGGACUCGAGAGCUUCAUGCUUGCUCCGCUCACGAGAGCCCAUAACUGGACCAAGGAAGAGGUUACGGUUUUUGGGGUCCAAGUCCGCAAUGACAUGAGAAACAGGGCUAUCCACGCCUAUUCUACAGUCUGGUCCAUCUAUGGGCGGAAGCCAGCGCCGAAUGAAGCCUAG